GCUCUGGCAAACAAAAUGACUUAUCUUUCUUUCUCAUCGUCUCUGCCUACUCUUAUGUUUUCCCUAUUGUUUCUCGUGUCUGGGUUUCCUGUUUCACACAGCAAUCCUGAAAUUUACACUAACUGCCAUGAUGCAGUGUUCGAAUGUGGGAACAUCUCCAUCGGAUAUCCUUUCUUCGGAGGUAAUCGACAACCACUGUGCGGACAUCCUGCUUUGAAGCUUCUCUGUGACGAUGAUACCACCACCAUUGAAAUCGCUGGUGUAGAAUAUCAGGUGCUGAACAUCAGCCAUGAACACCAAACUCUAACCAUUGUGAGGGAGGACUUGUUCGAACAUAGCUUUUGUAGACUUCAAACCCCAAUCCGAGAUUUCAUCAUAGAUUCUAAGCUGUUUUAUCCUGUUCCUGGAUAUACCAAUGUUACUCUGUUUUAUGACUGCCCAUCCUUUGUCCCGUCGAACCUUGGGAUCUUCAAUUGCACUCAUUCAGAUUACAGCAAUGUUUCCGUAACUACAGAUGGUGUCGAUCCAGGUGGAUGUUCAGCUCGUGUUAGUUUUCCAAUUUCCCGCCCUUCCGGGGGAAGUUUUCAGUUUCAGAACGACUAUCACUUGCUGUCAGAAGCAUUGAAAAAGGGGUUUCAGGUGAAAUGGAAGGAGGAUACCGAAGCUUGCCGCAACUGCAACGCUUCCGGCGGAGCCUGCGGUUUUGACUGGUUGAACAAUCAAACAAUCUGCUACUGCAGAUUUCCGAAUUCGCCGGAGUAUCCCAACGAAUGCCAUGGCCAUGGAGGCAAUAACUACCGUGUAAAGCUUGGACUAGUAAUAGCCGGUGCAGCUAUUGCCUGUAUACUUAUCGGAAUCGGAAUUGUACAUUUCCGACGACGACGGAAAAAGAAAAUCGUAGCCCGGGUUACGAGCAGAGACAUUCUAACAGCUCCAUCAACUUCCACAUCUCAAACCAAUUCUUCAUAUUCCACUUCAAAAUGUGACAUUGAAAGAGGAAGCACUUACUUUGGUGCCCAUGUUUUUAGCUAUGAAGAACUUCAGGAAGCCUCUAAUAAUUUCAGUUCUUCUAAGCAACUUGGAGAAGGUGGCUUUGGCACUGUUUAUCAUGGUGUACUCAGGGAUGGACGUAUAGUAGCAGUUAAGCGCUUAUACAGUAACAAUUUCAAGCGUGUAGAUCGGUACAUGAACGAAAUCGAAAUCCUCACUCGCAUUCGUCAUCCGAAUCUCGUGACACUCUAUGGAUGUACCUCGAGACGUAGUCGAGAGCUUCUCCUUGUUUAUGAGUACAUUCCGAAUGGAACCUUGGCUGAUCAUUUGCACGGAAAGAGAUCGAACUCCAGUUCGCUUACUUGGCAUGUUCGUUUAAGCAUUGCCGUCCAAACGGCAAAGGCAUUGGCUUACCUCCACGCAUCGGAGAUCAUACACCGCGAUGUUAAAUCGAAUAACAUUCUCUUGGACAAUAAUUUCCAUGUAAAAGUGGCUGAUUUCGGAUUGUCACGAUUGUUUCCUAAUGAUGUUACGCACAUCUCGACUGCUCCGCAAGGCACCCCGGGUUACGUCGACCCGGAGUAUCACCGAUGCUACCAGCUUACUGAGAAGAGCGACGUUUAUAGCUUCGGAGUUGUCCUGAUCGAGCUAGUUUCGGCGAAACAAGCAGUGGACAUCAGCAGGCAUCGACAUGACAUAAAUUUGGCUGGUAUGGCAAUCAACAGAAUCCAGAAUCAGGCAUUGCAUGAACUGGUUGAUCCAUCUCUCGGAUUCGAGAACAAUUGCACGGUGAAAAACACGGUAACGGCGUUCACGGAACUGGCAUUCCAGUGUUUGCAACAGGAGAGAGAGAUGAGACCUUCAAUGGAAGAAGUGCUGGAGACAUUGAAAGAGAUUAAGGAUGGGAGAUCAGAAGGUGAAGUGUUGGAUAGUAGAUCGGAUGAUGUUGGAGUGUUGAAUAGCAUUCCUCCUCCACUUUCUCCUGAUCAUGCUACGGAUAAAUGGGUACAGAUAAGAUCGAUGUAAUCGUGAGUUUUCUGCAAAUGAAGGAAGAGGCAGAUGAACAUGAGUUUUGUUGUUGGGAGUUUAGGAAAUUUCUACCGUAGAAAAGGUUCAAAUUCCAUCAGCAAAACUGAAUUGAUAUUUAUACACUAAAGGGUAGCUCAGGUAAUAGGAAAUAAUUCAGAAGAUGCACUAUAAACUCUGGUGGAAGAACAUUAGUUUGUAAAUUAAUGAAGUCAUCUAACAUAUAC